GAGAACAUAAUUAUCUAUGUCUUUCGAUGUUCUUUCGGAAAAAGGAUUUUCAUAAGCGCUUCUGUGUCUCCUGUGUUUCUGAUUUCAUUUGUAUUGGGUAUACCAGACAUACGCUAUGACUAAUACUGGGAUUUCACCCAAAAUUGAUAUAGAGCCAAACAAUGACGUACAACUAACAGACAGAGUAAAGAGAUAAAAUAUGCAUGAACAAUUCUGUUACUGCUAGUAGCAAUGGUUUCUAUGCAUGAUUCUGGUCCCUGUUAUGUUUGGAAGCCAAUAUAUUGAGUGCACUCGAUAUACGUGGCGUAUUUCUUAUUUUCUGGAUAUUACCAUGCUGAUUUCUAACAUGAAAUCAACGACAGUACAUCAGCUCGUAAAACUCAGCCCAUAUGUUUACGCAGUGAACGGACGUCUGAUUGGGCAUGAUGGCGUCUGAACCACGAGUUCAGUGGCCUGCCGUGCUGCUCUUGCUUUUCACACUGAGCUGGUUCCUGCAUAUAAUGUCCGGUCAGUUGACUAACUCACGAAAUCAACAUCUAGUCUCACGCUCUGCAAAUACUCACUUACACUGGCCGAAGGAGCGCUUCUUCCAAGCAGACCGCAUCACCAGACAUGAUAUGGUGGUGGAAGACCUGCAGCAGCAGCCUUGGCGACAGAAUCAGGGAAGGCUGGUAAAGAAUAUCAACGACAAAUCCUCUGAUCUUGCUGAUAACAAGGCUGUACUGUCUUCACAAUCCUUUGAAACUGUGUCGAUGUCUGCUCCAUCAAAGGCUUCUGAUAGACUAUUACAACUCCAAGACCUGGCGACACCGCCAACGUCGAAAACUAUGCAGCGAUUUUCAUUUGUUCCCAAAUUAGUCCACAGUGGCACAUCAAGCCCAUCUUCUCAAGCCCAAUCGCGAAGUUAUGUCGAACGUUGGUUUGAAGUAUUUCACUAUUUACCAGAAGUAUCAAGAACUCAAAUUAGUUCUCUACGAAACAAACGUUUAGCGAAACCAAGACAAGUAGAUGCACCUUCUGGUAUCCUUGCAUUGCCACAAACAGCUUUGACUAAAUUUCAACAGAAAAGUAAACGCAUUCCUGCCGUACUCGAACGUCAGGAACCACAGAAGAAAGGAAUUAUCCUAUCCAGGUACAAGUUGCAGAACGCAUCUAAAUUUCGAAGGCUGAGAAUUACUCCUUUACGUUUUCAUCGCUCUAAAGCGUCCAUGAAACGUACUCAAUGGUUGAAAGUGUCAACACUUGUAGGUGGAAUUUCAACAUGGAGAUUUGAUCACGGUUUGAACUCUGCUUUCCACUCGUUACACAUCUUUGACCGCGCAAGGAAAGUUUUGCAUCCUGUUGGGCUUUGGUUGUCUAAGAAAGGCAAAUUGAACACAGUGGAAAAUGGUGUUGAUUUCAGAACUUAUCAUAAUAAUAGACCUGUACGAAAUCAAGGCUGCAAAAAUGUUACACAAACAUUUCCCGUUGUAAAUAACACUAACGCUAUCCGUUCUGAAAUCAACAAAAAGCUAGAGUAUGAUUUUAAAAAAGCAUUUUUGCCACACAGUUCCCAUAAACCAAUACAAAGAACGUCUAUAGAACACCUAGUGAGACAAGAUCAACAAACUAGUUCUAAUUCUACUCAACUAUCAUCUGAGUUGAAUCUCCUGGCAGUCCAAGAUACAAACAAACUUAACUCGUUAGAUCUAGGAAGUAAUCAUAAACAAGAGAAAGACCUAUCAAACCGCACGCUUUCUAGGCUCAAACGUUCAUCGAAAAGUAACAACGAAUUUACUUCAAGACGACGGCCAGCUAGUUCAUCUGAAAAAAGGAGUUCUGGAUUACCGUUCAGGAAUCGCUUUCCCAGGCCACCUGGUGAUCGUGAUUCUCGAUUCCCAAAUUCUCGACCCGGGACGGGAGAUCGAUUCUCCAACUUCCCCGGUCUUGGAAACGGCCCCGGUUUCCAACCUCCUCCUCUUGGGCCUGGGCUUGGAACGGAACCACAGCCCGUUUCUCUCAAAGUGAUUGUCCAUUUGGGCGUUCGGCGGGGAUACCAGCGUUACAUUGACAGCGCAAUCACCAAGGUGACCAGGCAGCAAGAGUUCCUCCCCUUAAUUCCUUACAUCCGGCCUACAGGCCGACUCGUCACUCUUGCUAACGAUAACCCCAGAGACAUUUUACAGGCCUUCUGUACGAAUAUUCUGGAAGCCAACAGUACAGCUGUGUUCCAUUUGAUCAACCCGUUCUACCACACACGGAGUUGGUCAUCUGCCCAAUACGUGGCCAAUCUCUUGACAACACUUAACAUGCCCGUCAUCACAUGGGGGCCGGAGUACAUUGGCACCACUGACAAGAAAGAGUCUGACACUCUCCAACUGACCAUCUCCGCCACACUGCAGCACCAGGUCCAAGCUAUGCUGGCUGUGUUACGUCAUUACAACUGGAAACACUUUGGCGUGGUGUACACCCCUGUGCCGGGCCAUGACGCCUUCCUCACGGCCAUACGCAUCCUUGUCAACGACAACAACAGCAACACAAGACACAGUGGAUUUAAGUUCGAUAUCGUGGUGCAACAAGAGUUGAGCAACGUCUCAGAUGCUGCCACCAUGCGGAGAGAGCUACGGGACUUGUCAAUGACAGAGGCACGAAUUCUGCUGCUUUAUUGCCUUGAGUAA